UUGGGCGCAGCCGCACUUCGUUGCAGCUUGUGGACGCAGUCUUUUAGUUGAGGUGAAGUAGCGCAGCACACGCGGCUCGUGUGCUGCUGAAGAGAUUUUCCAAUCAUGGUGUUGUUGCACGUGUUGUUCGAGCAUGCGGCGGGCUAUGCGCUGUUCGCCGUCAAAGAAGUGGAGGAGAUCGGCAUGCUGCUGCCCCAGGUAGAGGAGAGCGUGCUGAGCCUCGGAAAGUUUAACAGCAUGGUGAGCUUGGCUGCAUUCUUCCCCUUCAAGUCGGCCCAGGCCGCCCUGGAGAACAUGAAUGCCAUCUCUGAAGGUGUGGUUCAUGCUGAUCUGAAGCUGUUCUUAGAGACCAAUCUGCCCCGAUCUGGGAAGAAAAAGUCUGUGUUGGGGGUUUCUGAUGCCAAGAUCGGAGCAGCUUUACAAGAAGAAUUUAGCAUUUCAAUCCAGACUGGUGGGGUGGUGGCUGAGAUCACCAGAGGUGUGCGUCUGCACUUCCACUCGCUGGUGAAAGGUCUGACUGCCCUGGCAGCCUCUAAGGCACAGCUGGGUCUUGGUCACAGCUACUCCAGAGCCAAAGUCAAGUUUAAUGUCAACAGGGCAGACAACAUGAUCAUCCAGUCCAUUGCUCUGUUGGAUCAGCUGGACAAAGACAUCAACACAUUCUCCAUGCGUGUCCGUGAAUGGUAUGGCUACCACUUCCCAGAACUCAUCAAAAUUGUGUCCGACAACUCGAUGUACUGCCGCCUGGCUCAGCUCAUUGGCAACAGGAAGGAGCUGUCAGAGGAGAGCCUUGAAAGCCUAGAGGAGGUGGUGAUGGACAGUGCCAAGGCUCAGGCCAUCCUGGAUGCAGCACGCUCAUCUAUGGGUAUGGAUAUCUCCCCCAUUGACCUGAUCAACAUAGAGAGGUUUUCGAAUCGUGUCGUGUCUCUGGCUGCCUACCGACUGGAGCUGCAGGAGUAUCUGCGCUCUAAGAUGAGCCAAGUGGCUCCAAACCUUGCAGCCUUGAUUGGAGAAGUGGUUGGAGCACGUCUGAUCUCCCAUGCUGGCAGUUUGACCAACCUUGCCAAGUACCCAGCAUCCACCGUUCAGAUUUUGGGAGCAGAGAAGGCCCUGUUCAGAGCUCUCAAGACACGUGGAAACACCCCCAAGUACGGCCUCAUUUUCCACUCAACUUUCAUUGGACGUGCUGCUGCCAAGAACAAAGGCCGCAUCUCCAGAUAUCUGGCGAACAAGUGUACCAUCGCCUCGCGUAUCGACUGCUUCUCGGAUGUGCCCACAAACGUGUUUGGCGACAAGCUGCGUGAACAGGUAGAAGAACGUCUGUCUUUCUAUGAGACCGGCGAGGUACCACGGAAAAAUGUGGACGUCAUGAAGGAGGCUGUCAAAGAGGCUACUGAUGUUGCAGCCGAGAUCAAACGCAAACUAGAGAAGAAGGAAAAGAAACGUAAGAAGCGUGAGAAAAAGUUGCAAGAAGAGCUUCCAGAAAAUGGAGCAGCUAACGGUGAAGCAGAGGUGGAGAAUGGAGAAGAGGACACCACUCUGGUUAAGAAGAAGAAAAAGAAGAAACAAGCAGCUGAGAUGGAGGUGGAAGCAGAGGAGACCCCUGCUGGAGAAAAUGAGGACGAGCCUUCAGCCAAGAAGAAAAAGAAACGAAAAGCUGAGUCAGAGGAAGCAGAGGAGGCUGCAGCUGCUGAGGAUGGUGCUGAGGAAACUGAUACUCCAGCUAAGAAGAAGAAGAAACAAAAAAGUGAAGUUAUGGAGCAAGAAGAGACCCCAGAAACACCUGUGACUAAAAAGAAAAAGAAAAAGGAAGCAGCAGAGUAAGGAUGGAAUGGACAAAGACAUUUUUGUGUACAGUUUUUUUUUUUUUCCCCCAAAUAACCCUUAUCAGGCUUGUUCGUCAGCUGCUUUAUGUUGUACUGUCUGGUAUUUUUGUAACCUUAGUCUGUUAUUUUGCAAAUCAAUGCUUAUAACUGUGCCUUGAAGUCGGUAGGAUUUACCUGUACUUCUGAAAAUAAAUUGAGCUUUUUUUU